AAAGAAAGAGAGAGAGAAAGAAAGAAAGAAAGAAAUAGAGAGAAAGAAAGAGAGAAAGAAAGAAAGAAAGAAAGAGAGAGAGAGAGAAAGAGAGAGAGAGAGAAAGAAAGAGAGAAAGAAAGAAAGAAAGAAAGAAAGGAAAAUACAUUCUUCUCUCUAAUAAUAGAACAUGUUUAAAUUUUAAAAUGUGCGUCACAGUGUUAAAACAUCAUGAUACUGCUCUCCUUGUGCAGCAUUAGUAAGUCUUUCAAGAGAAAAUAUAUUGAAUAAGCCAACGUGUGAUUACUCUGUCUGCAGGUUUCUGAGAUCUCACGAUAAUAAACAAACGUUAACAAACAAUAUAAAAGAGGACCAAAAAGUUUUCUGUUUCCAGUGAACAAUGGCGCCCUCUGCUGGUGCGUUCAAACACAGGUAGAGGCCCUAUUGGCUAAUUAUUAUACAGAUCAAGUGCAGCACAUUGAGUUGCGCAAAAAUUAAAUUCUCUCAACUCUCCACUGUCUGCGCACAUGCAGACUGUCAGCAGUGUGAUUAUUACAGGCUCAUUUCUUACACCCGUAAAUCAUGAGGCCAUAAGAAGCUGUAUGAUCAGAUUCUCUUUGAUCGUAUGGGCGGAUCUGCGCGUUCAUGGCUCCCGGGUCACACCUUCUCCAGUCAGCUGUGCAUGAACACGAUGAGUCCCCUGUGACAGUUACAGCCGCUGACCGACCGUAACCCUCCGAGCGACGACGUUAAAUGAGAGGGAGAAGAGAAAUUGGGCAGCGGUGACAAUUUUCAACAGCCUUAAUUGGAGAACCUGACAGCGCCCUGUAACAAAUGCAGGUUCCUCCACUGGGCAUGCUCUAUGUGAGAGAGGAGCUGGGCACGGUGUGAGUAACAGGCAGUUUGGGCGUCUUUUUUUUAGUGAGGAGGUUUGUCACCCUCUCAUCUCUGAUUUUCUUUAUUUAAUCACGCAGCACAGAGAACAACAUUUUCUCUCUCUCUCUCUCUCUCUCUCUCUUUGUCUCUCUCUCUCGCACACACUCAAACUGUGGAUCGUCUCUGAAUGAAAGGGGAAGUCUAUGCGCAGGAGAGCAGCGUCUCUGAGCUGAGACAAAGACCUGCUGUAUCGUGGCGGGGUGUCGGUAAAACGCAGAGAGAGGGAGCGGGCAGAGCGUCGGUGUGAAGGAGGUGAGUCUGUAGGCAGCAACAGAGGAGGGACUGAAAGCAGUGUACCGACUCUCCAUCAGGAGCUGCCGGACAGGCGCUGUCCGCUCAGCACCACCGCAGUCACCUUGCUGUGAAAGUCAUAAACCUGCUCAGGACUGAUCUGAUCAAUUACUGCAACCUGGGGAGUCCCAUGAGCUGGAUUUAUUCUGCUGGCGGGGGGGAAAUUGCCAGCGUUUGUCCUUUUACCUCGACAUCUUGGAUUUACUGACGAUGUGACGUCCAUUCUUAAUGUGAUGCCAUUGGCUGCGAUCAUUUUGGAUUUCGAUUCUAUACCCUACAGUGAGUCUGGCAGCUCUACGCGUUCAUGAUCCUCUAGUUGCAUGUGGCAGGUGCGUGUAGAAAAUACAGGGGUUUAGAGGGAAUGUAGCCUGGUGCGUAUCCAGCAGUCCUGAUUUCUUUCAUAGUUGGUAAGAAACGACAGUUUGCUUUACGCGCUGCUUUUCUUUAAGUAAUUGUUUCCUUCAGUCUAAUCACUGCUGUGCAUGCUUGCACGGGGCGCCUAGACUUACCUUUGCGAUGAAGGGAACUUAUUGGAGAAAUGCCUAAGGGACGCAAUGGGCCUGAGCGACGACAAGGAUCGCAUUGUGAUAAACGUGGGAGGGAUCAGACAUCAGACAUACCGCAGCACCCUGCGCACUCUACCUGGCACUCGCUUGUCCUGGCUGGCCGAGCCUGAUGCACCCAACCACUUUGACUAUGAUGCCAAGAUCGAGGAAUUUUUCUUCGACCGCCACCCCGGCGUUUUUGCACAUAUCCUUAAUUACUACCGGACAGGUAAGCUGCACUGCCCGGCUGAUGUCUGCGGGCCCCUCUAUGAGGAAGAACUGGCCUUCUGGGGUAUUGAUGAGACAGACGUGGAGCCAUGCUGCUGGAUGACCUAUCGUCAGCACCGGGAGGCAGAGGAGGCCCUUGAUAGUUUCGGCGGGGGGGGGCUGUUAGACCUGGGGAGCGAGGAUCCCGAGCCAGAGCAGGAGCAUGCCGAGGAUGCUGAGGUGGAUGAAAUGACAAGGAGGCUGGCGCAUGGAGACUCUCCUGAUGCCAGGAGUGGGAGCCUGUGGAGCCGGUGGCAGAGACAUGUCUGGGCCCUGUUUGAGGACCCUUACUCCUCCAAAUAUGCAAGGUGGGUGGCUCUGGCCUCGCUGUUCUUUAUUCUGGUGUCCAUCACCACUUUCUGUCUGGAGACCCACGAGGCCUUCAACCCCAUCAUCAACCGUACUGAGCUGGAGCUGGUGGACAACAUCACAGUGGAGCACACCUACCAGGAGACGGAGACUGCGGCCUACCUCACCUACAUUGAGGGUGUUUGUGUGGUGUGGUUCACUUUUGAAUUUCUAAUGCGAAUAACUUUCUGCCCGAAUAAAUUUGACUUCAUACGGAACGCCCUGAACAUCAUCGACUUUGUGGCCAUCCUGCCCUUCUACCUGGAGGUGGGUCUCAGCGGGCUCUCCUCCAAGGCAGCUAAGGACGUACUGGGUUUCCUGAGAGUGGUCCGCUUUGUGCGGAUCCUGCGUAUCUUCAAGCUGACACGUCACUUUGUGGGGCUGAGGGUGCUGGGCCACACAUUGAGGGCCAGCACCAAUGAGUUCCUUCUCCUCAUCAUCUUCCUUGCUCUCGGUGUCCUCAUCUUUGCUACCAUGAUCUACUACGCUGAACGGAUUGGAGCUAACCCCAACGACCCUCGAGCCAGUGAGCACACACACUUCAAGAACAUCCCGAUCGGAUUCUGGUGGGCUGUGGUGACCAUGACGACCCUUGGCUAUGGAGACAUGUACCCUCAGACGACCUCUGGUAUGCUGGUUGGAGCCCUGUGUGCCCUGGCAGGUGUGUUGACCAUCGCCAUGCCCGUCCCUGUGAUUGUCAACAACUUUGGAAUGUAUUACUCGCUGGCCAUGGCAAAACAGAAACUACCAAAGAAAAAAAAUAGGCAUAUCCCUCGGGCUCCCCAACCAGGUUCUCCCAACUUCUGUAAGUCAAGCAUCAGCUCCCAACCCCAGAGCCCCAUUGCCCAUGACGACGUUUUCGAGAUAAAGUUUCAAGAUUCCAAGCUGAACGGUGAGGCAGCUAACGCAGCGCUGGCCAACGAAGAUUGUCCUCAUAUAGACCAGGCCAUAUCUCCGGAGGAAAUCUUCAGCCCCAGCGAGAGAGAGCGGCCCUGCUUCCUGGUCACCACUGCUGAACGCCCCAACCACACAGGGGGCAGAGUAAGGAGGGGUUAUGAAAAGCCUUGGAGCCUUAACAGCAUGUCUGGCAUGAGCGGGGAUGCCUCUGGAGUGUCCUCAGUGUCCGCCCUGCCCUGCAGCCCACCCUGUCUAAUGCAGCACUCACAUUCUCCCAUCCCAUCCAUUAUGUAGCAUGGUUGAGUAGCAGACACAAUGCCAUUGGAAGGCCAGUCCACACUCCUCCUUCUUAUCCUUCCUGUCAGAUUUUGCUUUUACACUUGCCUUCGCUCCUGCUUUUUUCAUUUUGAUUUCUUUAUUUUUCUGGAAAACUGUAUCUUAACUGUGCUAAUACUCAAGCUUCCCAAGUGUUCUCCUUGGGUGUGUCAUCAUAUCCUCGACUAGAAAACAUUGGCACAUGCCACUCUGCAUGGGUCACUUCAGUUGCAGACAAAGCACUGUUCUACUUCUGCCACAGGCUAACCCCACUCUUUCCCUGUGUUUAAAUCAUUGCCUGUUGCUCUGUUGCUUUUGAUCUCGCAUUCUCUUCUGCCAGUAACUUUUAUCUCAUCUGCUUUUUACAAUUUUGUGAAAGAAAUUUUCAUAAGAUGUAACCCCUGCUAAUAUGCUGGACAUUAACAAUACAUGGCUUUUAAACAUAUCCAAAAGGUACCAUUGCCAGCUGUUAAGGGAACUCCUCUUAAGUGCUUUGUACGUUGCAAAGUAGAGACGUUUUCCUUCUGAAAGUGCAAUCCAGACAAGGCUUAAUGUUAUCUGAGUGGCCAUUAAAAAAUAUAUUUUAACAUGAUGUUCAUGAUGUCCAAUGCAAUAUGGAGAUGAUGACAAUUCCUAUGAUACUAGUGAUGAAUACAUCUAAUGUCAAAAGAACUAAAACUGUUUGUUCAUUUGCAUGAACUGCAUGAGAAAUUAUGUUCAACAAGAAGCUAACUGUAUCGCAGUACCUGUAAGAAAAAAAAAAACUUUUUCUUUCAAAAGCUCCUACAGCUUUGUCAUUUUUUAUGCAUUUUGAGACAGCUUUACAAGAGACUCAGUCAUAGCAGAGAUUUUUAUGUAGCUGCCAUUCUUUGCCUUUCCCCAAAUUCAUACAGUAUAUUUAUUUUUUUGUUUUUAUUUGACUGGGGCCUCCAACUAAAAUAGUGUGAUUUAACUUGAAUAAUCUGUCAAAAAGCCAACCAAUGCUGUUAUGAGCAUAAAUAGUUUUUAUACAGCUAUAUUUACAGGUAUUUAUGAGUUUUUAAACAGUAUCGAUAGUCUGCAGCAAACAACAGACUGCUGUGAUGCCUAAAUUAAGGCAAGACUGAAUUAUUAAACAAUGGUGCCUUCAUACCUGGUGAGGCAAAGUAAAAGUGAGUAAUAAAUUGACAUGAUAUUACAUAAGUGCUCGCAGUGUAGCAUCAAUUAAUUUUAUACCAUGCUCAUAACAGUGUAAUGAAAGCUUUAUUUACAAGGUGCACCUUGUACCUUUUGCACCCUCGUACCCUCAAUCACAGUAAAACAACCUAUUGGUUAUUAUUGUAACACCAUACAUGCAUACUAGGAUUUAGCCUUUAGUGAGAUACAUAACUCCAAGCAAAAAACACCUGAAAAUACUGACUUAAUAGUCCCAAACUCAAGAAAACUUUUGUAUGAUAAAGCACAAAAUAUUAUCAAAGGGGACCAGGCAACUCUACAGAGCCAAAAUAUAUCAAGUUAUCAACCAGAGAUGUCAGAAUGACUCCUACAGUAUGUAUGUUUAUUGAUUUAAAACAUCAAUACUAUUACUGUUACAUGUAUUGAUACUGUCCCAAUAAUUAUGCACAAUUCUUUCAGGGCACUUUAACAAAUUUUAUGUUGACCAAUCAGAUAUGUUAAUUUCUAGAAGAAUAUAUAAGUAUAGCAACUCAUCUAAGUUUUGUUUUUAUUCUGAAUGAGCAGAGUUUUACAUUUUGAGUCAUGUCUCUUGUGGUAAUUAAUUGACGUUAUAUAUUUAAAAAGAAAAAAAAACCUUGUGAAGAUUUGAUGUGAAGAGAUGCAGGUGAAUUAUAUGCUCAUGCAAUUCAAGUGGAAAAAAAAAAGUACAAUACGACACAGUAUGGGAUGUGGGUCUACUUGGGGAAAGGUAAAUGCAUGUAUUUUACAUUUAUGCAACAGAAAAGUAUUCAAAUAAAAUAUGUAAAUAUAAGUCCUUGCAUGAAAUAAAUUUUGUACACAACGAG